GCCAAGGACCGUCCCUGGCCCCGGGUCCCCGCUCUCUGGUCCCCAGUCCCCAGCGGGAACGCAGCGCGGCAGGGCCAUGGCGGGCGCGGGGCCCGGGGACGGCACGGCCGGGCGGCCGCUGCACUCGGCGAGCGCGGUGGACGUGGCCACGGCCUCCAGCUUCCGCGCCUUCCAGAUGCGCCACUUGUCGCUGGAGCUGCGCGCCGACUUCGGGCCGCCGGGGACGCGGGCGCUGCGCGGCACGGCCGUGCUGGAACUUUGCUGCCUGGAGCCCGACGGCGCCCCCGAGCUGCGGCUCGACUCGCACCAGUGCCUGGAGGUGACGGCCGCGGCGCUGCGGCGGGCGCGCUCGGGCGCGGAGGAGCCGGCCUGGGAGCCCGCGGCCUUCCGCACCGAGCCCUUCGCGCGCUACGGCCAGGCCCUGUGCGUGGUGCCCCCGCAGCCCUGGGCCCGCGGCGCCUGCUUCGAGCUGCGGCUCAGCUACCGCGUCGGGGAGGGACCCGGGGUUUGCUGGCUGUCUCCUGAGCAGACUGCAGGAAAGAAGAAGCCCUUCCUGUACACCCAGGGCCAGGCUGUCCUGAACCGAGCCUUCUUCCCUUGCUUUGACACUCCUGCAGUGAAGUUCACGUAUUCAGCUCUUAUUGAGGUCCCAGAUGGCUUCACAGCUGUGAUGAGUUCUAACAUCUGGGAGAAACGAGGUCCAAAUAAGUUCUUCUUCCAUAUGGACCAGCCCAUCCCCUCCUAUCUGGUUGCCUUGGCCAUUGGAGAUCUGGUUUCUGCUAAAGUUGGACCCAGGAGCCACGUGUGGGCUGAGCCCUGCCUGAUCAAGGAGGCCAAGGACGAGUAUGAUGGGGUGAUAGAAGAAUUCCUGGCAACGGGGGAGAAGCUUUUCGGACCCUACGUCUGGGGAAGGUAUGAUGUGCUCUUCAUGCCGCCGUCCUUUCCGUUUGGAGGGAUGGAAAACCCGUGCCUGACUUUUGUCACUCCCUGCCUGCUGGCGGGGGACCGCUCACUGGCUGAUGUCAUCAUCCAUGAGAUCUCCCACAGCUGGUUUGGGAACCUGGUUACCAACGCCAACUGGGGCGAGUUCUGGCUCAACGAGGGCUUCACCAUGUACGCCCAGCGUAGGAUCUCCACCACACUCUUCGGCGCCGCCUACACCUGCCUGGAGGCAGCGACCGGGCGAGCUCUGCUGCGGCAGCACAUGGACAUCACCGGCGAGGAGCACCCGCUCAACAAACUCCGGGUGAAGAUCGAACCAGGGGUCGACCCAGACGACACCUACAAUGAGACUCCCUACGAGAAGGGCUUCUGCUUUGUUUCCUACCUGGCCCACCUGGUGGGGGACCAGGAUCAGUUCGACAAAUUCCUCAAGGCCUAUGUUGAUGAAUUUAAAUUCAAAAGUAUCUUAGCUGAUGACUUUCUGGAGUUCUACUUGGAGUAUUUCCCUGAGCUGAAGAAAAGGAAAGUAGAUUCUACCCCAGGCCUUGAGUUUGACCGCUGGCUGAAUACCCCUGGCUGGCCCCCCUACCUCCCUGACCUCUCCCCGGGGGAUUCUCUCAUGAAGCCAGCCGAGGAGCUGGCCCAGCUGUGGGUGGCCGAGGAGCUGGACAUGAAGGCCAUUGGCGCCGUGGCCAUCUCUGCCUGGAAGACCUACCAGCUGGUCUACUUCCUGGAUAAGAUCCUGCAGAAGUCCCCUCUCCCUGCCGGGAAUGUACAGAAACUGGGCGAGAUGUACCCCACCAUCUCAAAUGCUCGCAAUGCAGAGCUGCGGCUGCGGUGGGGCCAGAUUGUCCUUAAGAACGACCACCAGGGGGACUUCUGGAAAGUGAAGGAGUUCCUGCAGAGCCAGGGGAAGCAGAAGUAUACCCUCCCGCUGUACCACGCCAUGAUGGGCGGCAGCGAGGUGGCCCGGGCCCUCGCCAAGGAAACCUUCGAGGCCACAGCCUCCCAGCUCCACAGCAACGUGGUUCACUACGUCCAGCAGAUCCUGAAACCCAAGGGCAGCUAGAGUUCGGGUGUGGCCACCACAGCCUGAGAAUUGUGAUUCCUGAAGGCCAGUUUUCCAAUACACUUUCUAAAGCUUGUAUCCCUGAAGAGAAUCUGGUUGGAUCCUGACUGAUCUGACUCUAGGGGCCCAUCUGUGGUUAGACUUUUUCUGGAUGGCUGGGUCCUGAGGCCAGGGGCCUCCCCAGCUCAGGUUCCUGGGCCCUGGACUCUCAAUAGCUGCCGAGGGGCCGACCUUUUCUCCCUCCUCCCCACUGAAGUCUGGGGAGGAGCAACGAAGAGAUUCUCUUUCCAUGAUUCUUGAUCACUAUGCAAAGGGCUGCCUCCUGUUAAUUCUUUUUCUUUCCCCCAGGUUUAAUCCUUACUUUAAUAAAUAUUUUUAAGUGAAAAAAGA